AUGCUAAGUAAUAGUUUGAAUAAGGAAGGUGCGCAUACAUUAAGUGGCGUUGAUUAUUAUUCCGUCGAAGAUGUUAAAGUGCAAGCUGUCAUAGAAGAAUCUGCUAUCCUUGUAGAUGGGCACUACCAAGUAAAAUUACCAUUUCGUCAAGAACCGCCUAAUCUUCCAGAAAGUCAUCCAUUGGCUGAGAGGAGGUUGAUGUCUCUUAAGAGAAAGUUUGAGAAAGAUCCAGAAUUCGGGGUGAAGUAUACGAAAGUUUUGGAGAAUUACGAGAGUGAAGGAUCGUCCAAGCCUGUUUCUGAUGAUGAUCUCUCGAAGAUGAAGAAAUCGGGUAAACUCUGGUAUUUACCUCACCAUGCUGUAUGCAAGGAAGAGAGACCGAAUCCGCGUGUGGUAUUUGAUUGUGCUGCGAAGAGUGGUGGAAAUUAUAGACCAUGA